AUGCUACGGUUCGGCUGCUCCCAGGUCGUGAUCGAGCGCCUUGAUCCUCUCGUGAAUCCCGGCAUGUCGCCGUCUGCACACAUGCACCAGGUUGCUGGAGGGAACGCCUUCGCCGCCUCGAUGCCCCUGAGCGACAUUUCUAAGCUCGGCAACUGCACAACCUGCCACUUCAAGGAAGACGUGUCCAACUACUGGACGGCAAACCUGUACUUCCGGGCCCGCAACGGCACCUACAAGCGCGUGCCGCAAAUGGCGAACCAGUUCAACGAUGGCGACAAUGGAGGCAUCACCGUCUAUUACACAUCGCCUGGAGCAGGGCAGACGACUGCGUUCAAGCCGGGUUUCCGCAUGCUCACGGGCGACUCGACUCAGCGCACGUCGAGCAACCUGGGGAACAAGACUCAGCAGUGCUACCGCUGCUGGACGUCGGAGAACUACGGCGGCAGCAUGUACUCGCCCUGCAUGGACCCUAAACUGGACACCGACCACUUCCCCAAACAGCCCUGCGCUGGCGGGAUCCGGUCGAACAUUAUCUUCCCGAUAUGCUGGGACGGCAAGAACCUCGACACGCCGAACCACAAGGACCACGUCGCUCACCCGGUUGGUGGACCGACCUCGUUCGCCGUGGUCACUGGCCAGUGCCCCAGCAGCCAUCCUGUGAAGAUCCCACAGGUCAUGCUAGAGGUAGUCUGGGACACCAGAGCCUUCAACAACCCGGACGACUGGCCCGAGGACGGCAGCCAGCCGUUUUAUCUCUCGAACGGAGACCACACGGGGUACGGCCAGCACGGCGACUACGUCUUCGGGUGGAAGGACGACUCGCUGCAGCGGGCCAUGGACAGCGGCUGCUACCUGCGCAACUGCUCGCUGCUUACGCCCAUGGAGCCCAGGGUCAAGAACCUUUGCCAGGUGCCUGUCACGGUCAACGAGGAUGUCGACGGAUGGCUUACCGAACUUCCGGGGGGAGGCAUGGGCGUGUGA